UGAAAAAUUAAAAUAUUUUCUUCGUUUGAUCAAAAUCCCACCAGCUCUCCACCUAAGUCCACGCACCUACUUUUCAAUUUCAAAUAUUUCCCCUUCUCUCUCUCUACCAUUUUUCUCCAAAGAAAAACCUCUGCAACUCUUAAUUAGCUCCAAUGUCCAAAUUCCCACCCAAUUCAAAAGCCCUCAUUACAUGAACAAUCUCACGCUCACUCCACUUGACUCAUCGAUCGCAAUCUUCUCAAAUGGCGACAUCGGCCUUCAAAUCGACGACCAAGAGGGCCCCACCGGGUUCCAGCUCCGGCGGCUCCCUCCGCCGUUCCCGUAGCCUCAGCCGAUUCUCACACUCUAUUCCGCCGGAGCCGGAAAUUGAGGCCGAAUACAACCGGAACGCGCCCCGUGGGAAGUUCGUGAACACCACGAGGGGAUCGACGGCGGCGCCGUUCCCGGAGAUCAGCUUGGAUGAUCUGGCGCUCGAGUUCUUCUCCUCCUCGUCGAAGAACGGGAAUGAUAGCAGCGACGGGGCUGUGGCGGGGCAGCAGGAGAGAGAAGGGCGGUCUGUUUCACGACAACGGGAGAUUGGACGGUGGGCGCGUGAUACGGCGUCGUCGUCCAGAAGGAGGGGAAGGUCGGUGUCAAGGACUCGUGCGGGUGAUGUUGCUUCGGGUGGGCCUGUCUCCGGAGUUAAAAAGGUUAUUUCCUCCGAUGCAAGCUCGAGGCGGCGGAGGUCACUAUCAGUGGCGAGGUUUCAGAUUAGCGACUCCGAGGGUGAGGUAGAUCGUUCUCGAAUUAAGAGCAACCGUCCUGCUGUGAAGGCCCCCUUAAAUGGAAAUAGUCAUAUGUCAUCAGCACAAAAGACCACAGCUUCAGGCAAUCGGAGGCUAGGAAGGUCACAAAGUCACAAAGAUCUCCAUCUUUUACAUGAUGGUUAUUCUAGCCAGUCUUCUGCCCUAACUGACGAGGAAUCAAAGGAUACUCAUUUUGGGAAACAUGGUUUUGAGAAGAUAAUCUGGCCAGUAUACUCACAGAAGGCAGAGCAUCCCAUUGACGAUGCUGCAAAUGGUGGAUUGUACGAAGCAAUGCGGAAAGAACUCAGAUAUGCUGUUCAAGAAAUCCGAACCGAACUAAAUCAAGCAAUGGGAAGGAAUCAAAUAUCUAGUAAUGACUGCUUGCAAUCAGAUAAGGAUGCCUGUAGAAUCAGAGAAAAAUAUGCAACAAAACUGGAGCAGUUGGAGAAGCACAAACAAGAUCUUCUCAAAGAAAUGUUAUUUGAGGAACAACAGGGUCAAGAGGUGCCUAAAAUGGUCAAAGAACUUCCAUAUUCAAGAUCUUCAGCUGUGCCAGAGAAGCCAUCACGAGCUAGAAAGAGAAGUAGCGACAGAAAUAGGGUGUCGAAGAAAUUAAUUGAGGAGGCCGAGAGAUACUUUGAGGACUUCAUUUGUAACAUUGAAGACACGGAUAUAUCGUCCUUUGAUGGUGAAAGGAGUGAUGAGAGUUUGAUUUUGGGCGGGCGAAUGAGGGAAAGAGAAGAUGUCACAACAGUAAGAGAGGCCAAUCAAACUUGCAAAAAAGAUCAAGCAUCUCAACCUGUUGAAAUGGAUGGUGUUAUAUUGCCCUGGUUGCAGUGGGAGACUAGUCAUGAAAAUAACUCCCCGUUGAGAGAAAACAAGACUCCUUUGACUCCAAAAUCUGUGCAGAGGAACUCAGAAAAGGACUCGGACCAAAGUAGUCACUCUAUCAGCAGUCAUGGCAGUUGGAGCCCACGUGAUUUCAUUAGUCCUCUCAUUAUUAAGAGGAAAGAUGCACGCAAAACUGUGAGAGUCGAAAAUGCAUCUGGAUUUGACAUGGAUGAGUACCUUAAACUUAGAAAUAAAGAUGAACUAUUGUUCGAAAUGUACAAAGAGCGGAGCAGAAUCAGUUCAGGGGGAAUGCUGCUUUGCAAUGGGGGCUUUUAUUAAUGUCCCAGUUUCUGUAAUUGACUCGUUCGGCAUUUAUGAAGCUACUUAUUUAAUCACUCCUUUUCUCGAAGAGAGAGAAAAAAAAAAGGACCCACAAUUUUCACCUUUUACUAUUUGAUAUUUGGUUGUCUGCAUUUAGGACACGAUUGGAUCAUGGCUUCCAGCACAAGUUUCCACCAAAAUCUUACGGCUCUGAGGAGGGAAAAUUUCAACCGUUAACUUAUCUGUGUAUCGGGACAUAGUUAAAUAAUACGCUAGUAUAUAUACAAAAUUGAAAUUGUAAACAAUAUUUCUAUGUGCAUGUUUUUAUCCAAACCGUUAUUUUAUCAUGUUCAUCACAUUAAUGAAG